UUGCUUCGCGCUCGACGGACUGAGUCUCCUGCGAGCAGAGUCGUCUCGUAGAGCCAAGUCGUUCGCGAAACCUUCCAUGACGCACAAGUUGUACAUCACCGAUGCUUAGUUGUCCUCAUCAUUGCUCUGAGUUCCUGCCCGCGCGUUUCGAAUCGUCGAGUCAGAUGAUCUCCAGAUGAGAAGAAUCUUCCUAUCGGCUUCCGUGCGAGCAAUCAGAGUUCUCGGUUGACACCGAGUACCUAUCAGUGGGGGGAUGGAAGAAUUCCUGGGAAAGACGGGAAAAUGGCAUUGGCCAGUGUUGAUUAUGAACGCGUACGUCGCUGUUCCCCACGCCUGGUUUGUGAUGGCUCCAUCGUUUUCGGAGCCCAAUAAGCUUCAGUAUUGGUGUGCUCCGCCGGAGAACGUCACAUUGCACCAAUGGAGGCUCGACAAUCAGGAUCUGAGUCUGAACUGUACCGCGCGCUAUGACGGCAUCGUGACGAAGUGCUCUCAAUGGGAGUUCGACACGAGCGAAGUGUACAGACCCCUACAGAUGGAUUUCGGAAUCGUCUGUGACAAGGCAGUAUUGACUUCAAUUCACCGGAGUCUGCUCAUGGGAGGUCUGAUGGCAGGAAAUUUCAUUUUUUCCCACUUCUCGGAUUGGUACGGAAGGAAACCGCUGUUGGGAUUCUGCACUUUCAUUCAAGUGCUGUUCAACUUGCUGCUCUUGCUGGCUCCGACUUACGGGUGGAUCCUGGCCAUAACGGUUAUCACCGCUUGUGGGUAUGGGGGCCUUCAGAACAUCCCUUUUACUCUAGCUAUGGAAUCCGUGGGUCAACCGCAAAGAGCUUUCGUAUCCACUUGUGAAGAAGUUGGGUGGAUCAUCGGUCUCAUUAUUCUACCUAUUUGCACGUAUUUCGUCCGGGACUGGAGAUAUCUUCAACUCUGCAUAAUUGCUCCGGUGCUCUUGACCGUCGUGAAUUGUUUCUGCGAUGAAUCUCCUAGAUGGCUUGUUGCACGAGGCAAAAUUCCAGCUGCCAGGAGAUUAUUGGAGCGGAUCGCGACUAAGAAUGGAAUGGAGGACCCCGUGACGGAGGUUAAUAAGGUUCUCAAAGCACACAAGCAGGAAACCGUCAACGGCAGAGCGAGCGUGGUGGAUCUCUUCAGGGAAUGGGACAUAGCGAAAAUGGCGAUCUCCUUCUACAUCCAACUUGCCAUGUCCGUAUUGCUCUACUUCUCGCUGAUUUUCUUCAUCGUCGACAUCGGAGACAAUCCGCAUCUCAAUCUAUUCGUUUCGGGAUUGCUCGAACUCCCUCUGAUUCCGAUUGUCUACUUUGCUUUGAAGUUCCUGAAGCGCAAGACCCUGUAUCUCUGGGUCCAUCUCCCGUGUUUCGCUUCGACCCUAACACUCGCCUUCCUGCCUCCAGGCUUCGUUUGGACGCAGGUCAUCCUGGCCAGUAUUGGGAAAUGGGCCUCGCAAGUUCUCUUUUCUCUGCUCGUUGUGCACGCGGCUGAAUGCUUCCCUACAGAAGUCCGAUCGGUCGCCGUCGGAACCUCGUUCACGAUGUCUCGAAUCGGAGCUAUCAUAUCUCCUUUCAUGGCACAACUCACCACAAAAUGCAGCAGUCUUCUGUGUGCGGCCGUGGUCGUGGUCGCAUACCUUUGGACUUUCGUUUUGCCGGAAACGUCGACUUCCUCGCUGCCGGACACCUUGCAUGAAACUCGAUGUAAAAUGCAAAGCGCGAAGCUGAAAUCUCAAAACGAAAAUCCCAGCAAUGAAACCGCUGCCUGAAGGAGUCGCUGCGAGCGCUUCUCGGUCUGACACCAUAAUUUAUUGAUAUCGCAAGCACUGUGUAAUAUACAUACAUGGAGUUCCUCGCUGUCUGGCGAGGAAGACGGCCGAUACGACUCCGGAUCAGGAGGGGGAAGAUAUCGAUGACGUUGGGUGACGAAAACACCGAUGGCACUCGUGAAGAGGAUGCCCGCAACAAAAUAUUUGAGGAAUAAAAUGCUUCCUAUAUUUCCGAAAGCCGCUGCACCGCUCCAUGGGAAUACCUUCCGAGAGUAAGCACUCGGCUACAAAUCAUGAAAGCUCUUCCAGACUUGCAUGAUAGCUCUCGAUCAGAAAGAGAAGGAAGCUGGUCAACAGGCCUGUGGCUCCUCAGUUCCAAUGACGCUGCAUAGUGUAAUGAAGCUAUCGAUUGAAUCGCAGAUUGUGACGAAAGAGAAUCGACGAGAUAAGGAAUUUUCUACGGGUAAUCUGACCGACUGAGACAGUCGCGGAACAGCCCGCAAUGGGGUC